AUGUCCCGCCAGAUCAACCAGCCCUCCAACCAGAUCAAGCUCACAAACGUGUCGCUCGUGCGCCUGAAAAGGGGCAAAAGGCGCUUCGAAAUCGCCUGCUACAAGAACAAGGUCAUGGAGUGGCGCUCCGGCAUCGAAACCGAUCUCGACAACGUCCUCCAGAUCCCCAGUGUGUUCCUCAACGUGUCCAAGGGCCAGACGGCUCCCAAGGAGGAUCUCGAAAAGGCCUUUGGCAAGGGCAAAUCCACCGACGACAUCGUCUUGGAAAUCCUGAAAAAGGGCGAGUUGCAAGUCGGCGAGAAAGAGAGGGCCGCGCAGCUGGAGCGCGUGCACAACGAGGUCGUCAGCAUAGUGGCCAGUAAACUGGUCGAUCCGAGGACAAAGAGAGUGUACACGUCCGGCAUGAUCGACAAGGCCUUGGACAUGCUGAGCUCCCAGGCACACAACACCGACAAGGACAGGAGCGCUUCGGCGAGCGGCGCAGCGACCCCGGCCGCGGACGACGACGGGGGGGCGAAACCCAUGACGAGGGAGCACAACUGGACCGGCGUGGUGACCACCAAGAGUGCCAAGAAUCAGGCGUUGGAGGCGAUGAAGGCCCUCAUUUCCUACCAGCCUAUUCCGGUGGCAAGAGCGCGCAUGAGGUUGAGGAUAUCGUGCCCGACAAGUGUGUUGAAGCAGGCCGUCAGGCCGGCCAAGGGGGCUGCUGCAAAGGAGGAAGAUGGCGAGCAAAAGGCCCCCGGGACGGUCAAGGACAAGAUUUUGGGAUACGUAGAGCAGGUGGAGAAUCAGGAUGUCGUGGGCUCCGAGUGGGAAGUCGUCGGCUUUGUUGAACCAGGCGCCUUCAAGGCCUUGUCGGAUUUCAUUGGCAACGAGACCAAGGGCCAAGGACGGGUAGAGGUCUUGGAUAUGGCUGUUACGCAUGAAGAUUAA